AUGUCAUCGAAACAGUAUUCUGCUGAACGGAUUGCUAUUGCUGAAGAAGAACAGCGACAGUUUCUUCUCCCAUUCUCUCGUCGUCCGAUUGAUAUGGGAUUAGAUCCAUUUAUCGAUGAACAUGAUUCAUCAUUGAUCAUACGUGUUGCUGGAGUGAUGGAUCUUCGGAUGGAUUCCAGCCCAAUCCAUCCAAAUAAAAAAAUUAUUCGAAUCAUCGAUGAAACUCGUAUUACACAUCAUCCAAUUCUUCCACAAUUUACAUUACCUUAUCUUGUUGGUCAUUCAAAAUUAGGUCAUAGUGAUUGGUUUCAAUGGACAUUAAUUCGAAGUGUUUGUUGCUGUUCAUUAAUUGAAGAUUUUCGACGUGAACGUAUUUAUCUUGAAUUAUCAUAUCUCACAAAUGGAUAUUCAUUAUUAUUUGUUGAAACUCAUAUUCAACAUUUUUUUGAAUACUUUCAUACACCUCAUCUACAAUAUAUCAACAAUCAAACACAAUACAAUGAAUUUCGUCUAAAAUGGUUAGAUUAUAUCGGUAUGCAAUAUGAAUUAACUGAUCAACUUCAACAAUGUGAAAAUCAAGGUCGUCUUAUUCGUUUACAUUAUUUAUAUGAAUGGGGUCCAAGAUGUAACUUUAAUCAAAAAUUUCUUGAACUAUGGUCCGAAUACUUUCGUCGUCAUCCAUUAUUAUCGACAGAAAAAUUGAAAAUAUUAUUAACAACGAAACAUGAAUAUUCCUUAAAUACUCUACUAGGAGGACUAGAUUGA